AUGAAUGCUCUUGCUGCCACCAAUCGGAAUUUUCGCCAGGCGGCUCGCAUCCUCGGCCUGGACGCCAAGAUUGAGAGGAGCCUUUUGAUCCCAUUCAGAGAAAUUAAGCAUGAUAAUGCCCGUGGGCCCAUGAAAGGAGGGAUCAGAUACCAUCCAGAGGUUGACCCUGAUGAAGUCAAUGCUCUUGCUCAAUUGAUGACCUGGAAGACAGCUGUAGCAGAUAUUCCCUAUGGUGGGGCAAAAGGUGGAAUCGGGUGCACACCUAAAGAUCUAAGCACGAGCGAGUUAGAACGUCUAACUCGAGUCUUCACGCAAAAGAUUCACGACCUUAUAGGCGUUAACACUGAUGUGCCCGCACCAGAUAUGGGAACUAAUGCUCAGACAAUGGCCUGGAUUUUGGAUGAGUACUCGAAAUUUCAUGGUCACUCUCCUGCAGUUGUCACGGGAAAGCCAAUUGAUCUUGGAGGAUCACUGGGUCGUGAGGCCGCGACUGGGCGUGGGGUUGUAUUUGCCACUGAAGCCUUACUUGCUGAACAUGGAAAGCCGAUUAAGGACUUGACGUUUGCUAUUCAGGGAUUUGGAAAUGUUGGGUCAUGGGCUGCGAGGCUCUUACACGAACUUGGAGGAAAAAUUGUAGCAGUGAGUGACAUAACUGGAGCAGUGAAGAAUGCUAAUGGCAUUGAUAUACCGUCACUAAUUGAGCACAAAGAGAAAACUGGUAAAUUAUCAGAUUUCAAUGGUGCUGACGCAAUGGAUUCUGACGAUUUGCUCACUCACGAAUGUGAUGUUCUCAUACCUUGUGCAUUAGGCGGAGUUCUCAACAGAGAAAAUGCAGGAAAUGUCAGGGCCAAGUUCAUUAUUGAAGCUGCAAAUCAUCCCACUGAUCCUGAAGCUGAUGAGAUUUUGUCGAAAAAGGGCGUUGUAAUACUUCCUGACAUAUAUGCAAAUUCGGGAGGAGUGACAGUCAGUUAUUUUGAGUGGGUCCAGAACAUUCAAGGCUUUAUGUGGGAUGAGGAUAAAGUGAAUGAGGAGCUAAAAAGAUACAUGACAAAAGCCUUCCACAAUAUAAAGCACAUGUGCCAAUUACACAAUUGCAACCUUAGGAUGGGAGCCUUUACAUUGGGUGUCAAUCGUGUUGCUCGUGCUACUCUCCUGAGGGGUUGGGAAGCCUAG